AUGUCCUUAAAAGUGAAGAAACUAAUUGACAAUAAACCCGAUGACGAACGGAAACCUGUGAAAGUUAUCCUUCUUGGUGACAGUGCUGUGGGGAAGUCUAAGUUGGUAGAGCGGUUUUUGAUGCAACGAUACGUGCCUGUGCAAAUGUCCACAUAUGCAUUGACGCUAUUCCACUAUGACUUCGUUACUGAAGAUGAUGAGGCAAUUGAUGUUGACAUUUGGGACACGGCGGGACAGGAGCGUUUCUCCACUAUGCAUCCCGCGUAUUACCACGAGGCUCAUGCGUGCAUUUUGGUUUUCGACGUCACCCGGAAGGCGACGUAUAAGAAUUUGGAGAAGUGGUUGGGUGAGUUACGAAACUACCGUGAGCACAUUCCAUGCAUUGUAGCCUGUAAUAAGAUAGAUACAGAUCCAUCCGUCGUGAACAAGGCGUUCGCGUUCGUGGAGAAGCAUAACCUUUCGCUGUUUUACGUAUCGGCAGCUGAUGGAACCAAUGUGGUGCAGCUCCUCGAGUCGGCCAUUUCGGAGGCUGUAAAGUACAAGAAGAGCCCCAAAAAGGACGACCUCAUGUCGCAGGUACUUGGCUUCAUCAAAGAAUAA